AUGGGCUGGUUUCUGUCCGGUACCCUCAUCGGCCCCGCCCUCGGCCCCUUCAUCGGCGGCAUCAUCGUAACUUACACCUCUUGGCGCGUGAUUUUCUACCUCCAAACCGGACUCGCAGCCCUCGGCACAGUCCUCGCCUAUUUCCUCCUCCCCGAGACCAUUCACCAGACCAAAACACACCUCCUCGCCGGCCUCCCGCUACGCAAGCAAGCUUCUGUGCUCGCGCGCCUCACGAACCCAUGGCGUGUCCUCGCGCUGUUCAAGUACCCACCCCUCACUCUCAUCUCGCUCUGCAGUAGCAGUCUUGUGUGGAACAUGUACAGUCUUCUCACGCCAAUCCGCUACGUGCUAAACCCCCGCUUUGGACUCACAAGUCCUAUGCAAGCUGGGUUGUUUUACCUAGCACCUGGUGCGGGGUACCUCGCUGGCACGUUCGUCGGCGGGCGCUGGGCUGAUCACACGACGAAGAAGUGGAUUAAGAUUCGUGGGGAGCGCGUUCCUGAGGACCGCCUGCGGAGUGGGAUACCGUUUCUCGGCAUUGCGAUCCCCGCCUCGGUGCUGAUAUACGGGUGGAGCGUUGACCAGUCCGUCGGCGGGAUCCCCGUGCCAGUGAUCUGCCUCUUCGUACAGGGCGUGGCGCAACUCUUCUGUUUCCCGAGUCUGAACACGUACUGCCUUGACGUCUUGCCAGAGUUGGGUGCGGAGGUGAUUGCGGGGAAUUAUAUGGUUAGGUACCUGUUUGGGGCGAUGGGGACGGCGGUUGUGUUGCCGGCUGUGGAGAGUAUUGGGGUUGGCUGGUUUUCGACUAUUACUGCGGGUUUUAUGGUUGUUGCUGCGCUGGCGGCUGCGGCGACUGUGAAGUGGGGGAGGGGGUGGAGGGAUGCGGUUGAUGAGAAGAGGAGGACGGCGAGGAGGGAGAAGGCGGAAGCGGAAGUGGAGGUGUAG